AUGACCAGGCAGGAGGAGCUUGUGCACCCAGGAUGUGGAGCCGGCCCCCAUCAGCCAGGCGCCUCCAAGGCCACAGCAGCUUGUGGGCAGGAGAACCAGCGUGAAGAUGAAGCUGAUGCAGGGCACAGGCAGAAGCCCAAGGAGGCCACAGCCCAGCUGGCCCUUGGCCCCGGAUGCCCUGCAAACAUCCCUGAGUCUCCAGAACCUAGUGUGGUGCAAGAUUCGAGAAGGAUCCGGAGUCUUCAGAUUUCCCAAAGUGACUCCCUGGUGAAGGAAGAGACACCACAAACAGCGGGUGUCCCAGACAGGGAGCAAGACUUAGACCCACCUGCCCCAAGUGCUGAAGCACAGUUCCCCCGAAAUGUGCCUGCCUCGGGCACUGCAGAUGCAGACAGCCAGCUUGACACCAUUGAAGCUGCUGAGAAAUCUGUGGGUCCCGAGGCCGUGAACCCUGACACUGAACCUUUGCCAUCGGCUGAGUCCCAGGCAGUGACCGAGGGGGGGUUGAUAGACUGCUCAAGAGACCUGCAGGCUCCGCUGGUCCCGCCCUCCCCAGGAAGCAGUGUGUCCUGCUUGCCUGGCGCCCCUAUGGUGGCUCUGAGGAGAAGCAUCCGGACUCCAGUCUACACAGCCUGUGAGGAGAACGCCUACCUGCUCUCCGUGACCAGUUUGCUGGGAGGGGGCCAGGGCUUGGUCUGGUCUGAGGCCACCAGGAGCGUGGCCACGGGCCUCCUAGCCUCGGGACACAGCUCCGUGGCAGACCUGCUGCACAGCCCAGGGCCCAGCCUGCGCUCGGUCUCACAUCCUGGGGAGCGCCAGGUCGGCCUUCUCCUCCGGCUGGUAGCCAGGACUGGCUUGGUCCUUCCCUCUGUCAACCGCAUGCUGCAGAGGACGGAGCAGAGGACUGUAGAAGGCAUCUGCUCAGCUGCGUGUUACGUGACCAGCCAACUCACCCACUCUGGCCCCAGCUAUGACCAGACCCUGCACAGCAAGCCCCGAAAGGACUGAUUCAGCAGCCUCCUGAGACCCUGGGACACUCAUGCCCUGCCCC